CUGGUGCUGGCGUCAGGAGGAGGGAUGGGCUGGCUCUGCUCGACCCGGCAGGGCUUGUUUACUAUGGCUGACGAUCUGGAGCAGCAGCCUCAAGGCUGGCUGAGUAGCUGGCUGCCCACUUGGCGCCCCACUUCUAUGUCCCAACUGAAGAAUGUGGAAGCCAAGAUCCUUCAGUGUCUCCAGAACAAGUUUCUGGCCCGCUAUGUAUCCCUUCCGAACCAGAACAAGAUCUGGACAGUAACUGUGAGCCCUGAGCAAAAGGACCGCACCCCUCUGGUGAUGGUGCAUGGCUUCGGGGGCGGCGUGGGCCUCUGGAUCCUCAACAUGGAUUCCCUGAGUACCCGCCGCACACUGCACACCUUUGAUCUGCUCGGCUUUGGCCGAAGCUCAAGGCCAACAUUCCCAAGGGACCCAGAGGGAGCUGAAGAUGAGUUUGUGACUUCUAUAGAAACAUGGCGGGAGACGAUGGGAAUCCCCAGCAUGAUCCUUCUGGGGCACAGCUUGGGAGGAUUUCUGGCUACUUCUUACUCUAUCAAGUACCCUGAAAGAGUUAAACACCUUAUACUGGUGGACCCAUGGGGUUUUCCUCUGAGACCAACUGACCCCAGUGAGAUCCGUGCACCUCCAACCUGGGUCAAGGCUGUGGCAUCUGUCCUGGGACGUUCUAAUCCAUUGGCUGUCCUUCGAGUUGCUGGGCCCUGGGGGCCUGGCCUGGUGCAGAGAUUUCGGCCUGACUUCAAGCGCAAGUUUGCAGACUUCUUUGAAGAUGACACCAUAUCAGAGUAUAUCUACCACUGCAACGCGCAGAACCCCAGUGGUGAAACAGCUUUCAAAGCCAUGAUGGAGUCAUUCGGCUGGGCUCGGCGUCCCAUGUUGGAGAGAAUUCACUUAAUUCGAAAAGAUGUGCCCAUCACAAUGAUCUAUGGGGCAAACACCUGGAUAGACACCAGUACAGGGAAAAAGGUGAAGAUGCAGCGGCCAGAUUCCUAUGUCCGAGACAUGGAAAUAGAGGGUGCAUCGCACCAUGUCUAUGCUGACCAGCCACACAUCUUCAAUGCCGUGGUGGAGGAGAUCUGUGACUCGGUUGAUUGAGCUGCUCUCACUAGAGGAAGAGGAGAAAGCCAGAGAGUCACUCUUGUCUCCCUCUCUGCUUAGUCACCCCUUCUGUCCUUUCCUCACCAACUAACAUGUGCCAGCCAGGCAGAGUCUUGGGCUGUCCCCAAGAUAGGACCACACUGAAUAAGAGCACUCUUGAUCCUAUGCUGAGGGCAAGAGGCAGAAGCCACAAGAAGCCUUGAACUCCCCAACCUAGGGAAGAAUGAAAAGAAUUGCCCAAGGCCACCCCAUUAUGCCCACACCAUGUGUUAGCAGUUAGUCAUUAUGAAGAGAUUGCAUCGAGCCAUGUUGCCUCUGUGUGUGGCCUUCCUUCCUAUGGGCAGAGAAGAGCUCCUAACGGCCUUUCUUUCCUAACACUAGAGUGUUUCUGGGAAUGGGUUCUAUGCAAGAACAUCUUUCUAUAUCACUCCUCACCUCUGUCCAGGAUUUGGUUGAGAUCUGGUACCACUUACCUACCAAAAGCAGGCCCUAGAUUUCCAUUUAUCUGCAGAGUUCCACUCCAUGACCUAAAAGGUCAUCUCUCAAGUCCUCAUCGGCAGAUGAAGGAAACAGUUUAGAUACGACAUAACACACUUCUGUGAUAUGAAUUCUGGAACCCAGGACUACAUGUGGUUGCAGACUUGAUUUGCUAAGGCUUGAGACAGACACCAUUGUCAUGGGCUGAUCCUACUCACUGUCUAAAUUCAAGCCUUUCUUUGCCCCCCUGUUCUAGCCCUGUUAAACAGGCAUGCUCUUCUCAUGCUCCGUGUCUUGCUCUUGGUGGCAAAAGCUGAGUACACUCAAAUAAUCUUUCCUUGCCCUGUCUUCCUCCCAAUGGGAGGACUCUGGGCCUCCCUUUGUGCCUUGGGCCCUGAAGCCCCCAUGUAGUGCAGAGAUAAGGUGGUUCCUAGUGGAGAGAAGGGAAAAAGACCCUUCCACCCCCGGGCCAUGUCCGGAUAUGCCAUGCCCACUAAUCCACAGCACUUUUCUACCUGCUCCUAGAGCUGAGGGCCACUGGGAGCCCCUGCCCAUGAUCCAGUGGGAAGCCUCAAACCCAUAGUUCUCUAUUCUUAGCAGCCACAAAAUGAUUUUUACUGCCUGAUCCUUCAUUCCUGCCUUCUACCCCCUGGUCUCCAGCUCAUCCCAUCCUCAGAUUACCUGUCAGCCCUUUCCAAGGGUCUCAUUCCAGAUGCUGCUCUGAAGUUCUGGGUAGUAGGCUGGGCCUGGCCCCAGAAGCAGGGCAGCUCCUCCCUGCUCCUUCACUUUUGUAAAGCCAACCCUUUCACCAGAAUAGUAUUAACUCCUGGUGCUUUGUACUACUGGUCCAGCUGCCUUGGGCUCCUUUUCUAUAUUAAUAAAGAAAUGAGUAAAAACUG